CUAUGGGUAGACGUCCUACGCCCAAAAUGGCGGCAGGAUUGAAAAGUUUGUUGCUGUUUUUGUUUUAUUUUAUUAUAUCUGUUCGGUCUCUGUCCUUUUUUUCAUAAACUCCAAGUUUUACCUCGACAAAUAAGGUCGCUCGUUUCUUGACGGUCCAUUAGCACGUGAUUCUGAAUCGUCGGUUUGUUUUGUUAGAUCGCCGAAGCGCCGCCGUUGACGUGUAGGAGGCAGAUGGCAGUGAAUUCGUGGACAUCAGCACAUCUAAUACAGCGAAAAUGAAGAGCAUUUGUACGUAGAGAUGGAGGAGGAUGUAAAGAAAGUCAAAAAGCCAGGUAUCGUGUCUCCGUUCAAGCGGGUGUUUCUGAAAGGGGAGAAGGGUAGGGAUAAGAAGGCUCUGGAGAAGUCCACUGAACGCAGGGCCCUCCACACCUUCUCUCUCUCUCUCCCAGACCACCGUAUCGACCCAGAUAUUCUGCUCAAUGACUACAUCGAGAAGGAAGUUAAGUAUCUGGGACAGCUGACCUCAGUUCCUGGAUACCUGAAUCCCUCCAGCCGCACUGAAGUUCUGCAGCUCAUUGACAAUGCCAGGAAGUCUCAUCAGUUGGCUGGGCAGCUGACCUCAGAGCAGGAUGCUGUUGUCAGUUUAUCAGCGUACAAUGUGAAGCUUGUGUGGCGUGAUGGAGAGGACAUCAUUCUGCGCGUACCCAUCCACGACAUUGCAGCUGUGUCCUACAUCAGAGACGACUCGCUUCAUCUAGUGGUGCUAAAAACAGCUCAGGAGCCCGGAGGUUCCCCAUGUCAUAGUACAGAGAUGUCGAAAUCUCCCACUCUGAGCUCUCUAUCUGAGAGUGGGGCUGUGCUGGUGGAGGUCUGCUGUCUGCUUGUGCUGGCUGUUGACAACAAGGCUGCAGCAGAGGAGCUCUGUCUUCUACUCAGUCAAGUCUUCCAGAUCGUCUAUACCGAGUCCACCAUCGACUUCCUAGACAGGGCCAUCUUUGAUGGAGCCACAACACCCACCAGGCAUCUCUCAAUCUAUAGUGAAGACUCCUCAAGUAAAGUUGAUGUCAAAGAUGUGUUUGAGGCCGAGGCAAGCACAUUCUCGUUCCAGAGUUCUCUAGAGGCGGGACAUUCCUCUAGCCCCUCCCCCACCUCGGCCCCGGCCUCGCCACAAACCAAAACAGCCAGUGAGAGCGAACUGAGCACAACAGCUGCUGAACUGCUGCAAGACUACAUGACCACAUUGAGGACAAAGCUUUCGUCCAAAGAGAUCCAGCAGUUUGCCACACUGUUACAUGAAUACAGAAACGGCGCCUCCAUCCAUGAGUUCUGUAUCAACCUGCGGCAGCUUUAUGGAGACAGCAGGAAGUUCCUUCUCCUCGGACUGCGGCCGUUCAUCCCCGAGAAGGACAGCCAGCAUUUUGAGAACUUUCUGGAGACCAUCGGCGUGAAGGAUGGCCGCGGAAUCAUCACAGACAGUUUCGGCCGUUAUAAGCGCACGACGAGCUCUGCGUCUGACUCCACCACGAACGGAAACGGUGCUGCGGGCGGAUCAGAUGAGGGAACAGCCACCUCUGAGGGCGACGAAUGGGACCGCAUGAUUUCAGACAUAAGCAAUGACAUUGAAGCCUUAGGAAGCAGCAUGGAUCAAGACGGCGUGCCAUCUUGAUGCCACGGCUCUCGGUGAGCUUUUGCCAAUCGCCACACACAGGCCAUCGGUCCGUAUUGCUGUCUGUUUGAAUCUGACAAUGCUGGAGUUUGGAUGCUGUAUGGAUGCCACUUCCUGACCGUCAAUUUUAUUUUUGUUUGUCGUGCCAUAUUGUUGAGCGUUUUUAAAGAGCUGUGAUGGAAGGAUGUGUAUUGCUGUGGACAGCAAUCGUGUUCCUCUGGGAUGUUUAUUGGCAGUAUCUGCUACCACUGAAGAGAAACCUUGUUGUUGGGUAGAUGCGGCUCUUUCACACUGAUCUGAGUUUGCUAGGUUCCCAUUUAAUAGCAAGUAGGGCUUGUGAUAUGUCGAAAUAAAAAUAGCAGUGUAUACUUUCAUCUAUACUUUUCACUAUCUAAUAAACAUUUAAAGCCCUUUUACAUAAGGAUUAUAACAAUAAUGUCAGAUAUGUUUUUAAUAUUGCUUUAAAGAGUCUACACUCACUGGCCACUUUAUUAGGUACAUCUUCUAGAACUGGGUUGCACCCUCUUUUGCCUUCUAAACUGCCUUAAUCCUUAGUAACAGAUUCAAAAAGGUAUUGGAAAUAUUCCUUUGAUUUUGGUCCAUAUUGACGUGAUA